AUGCAGCGGUCGCUCCUGCCCUUGCCAGUCCCUGACUGGUGUCGCGCGCAGGCUGCCCCCGGCGGCAGCGGCGGUCGCGCAGCGCGGCGUCGCCGCGCCAACAGGACGCUGCAGGGGGAGCUCGUGACCGAGCUCGUUGUGGCGCUCAACCAGCUGGAUGCCGGCUCUGAUGACCCGCCGCGCCGUGCUGGCCAGGAGCCCAACAGGAUGCAGCAACUUUGCCUGGAGCAUCUCGCCGACAGCUGUGCGGCGAUGGGCUCCAUUCCUCCAGACUUGUCGACCGAGGUGGCCCUCCAGGAGCUCCAGGUUGGCGCUGGCUACUCCGACGGCGAGCCCGUCACGGUGGCCCCCUUCGCGCACGACCUCGUGUCUCUGCCAGCUGUGGGCGGUACGCCUGUGCCCCCGAGCCAGCUGUUGGGAGCCGACGGUCCAGACAUCGUGCGAAGGUUCAUCACUUCGAAGGUUUUGCCAAUUCAAAGCGCCGAGAUUUUUAAGAAGGAGGCUGGCUUCGCGCGCCCUUACCUGGAUCCAGUGCUGCGGCAGCCCGCGGCCUACCUGUCCUUCGUCGAGAGGAUGAGGGACGGUGGCAUGCUGGAGUUCAGGGUCGAUGAGGGCAAUUUUGAGGAAGUCGGUCUAUUCACCGUUUGGAAGAAGGAUGGUCGCCAGCGCCUGGUGAUUGAUUGCAGGGGCAGCAACUUCCGGUUCGCGGAGCCCGACAAGACCAGCCUGGCGUCGGGGGGCAGCUUCAGCUCCAUCGAGCUGGCGCCGGGCGAGGUGCUGUGGACGGACGGGGCCUACACAGCCUAUGUUGACAAUUUCAUUUCCUUUGGUGUGGAUCCUGACAGGCCUGCGGCCCUCCUGAGGCGCCCGCUCUUGGCCGUAUUUAGUUCCGUGUAUGCCUUCUCGAGGAAGUACUUCGAUCGGGUGAUGAAGCUGCCGCCGUCUGUCCGCCGUGAGCUUCGUUGGGCCGCCUCCCUGAUCCCCCUCGCAUGGGCUGAUCUCCGGGCCACCUGGUCUCCCAGGGUCUACGCGAGCGACGCUAGCGAGGAGGGGAGGGGCGUGUGCCAGAAGGAGGCCGACCUGGGAGCCAUUCGUGGUGCUGGGAGGUACGGGGAGAGGUGGCGAUUUCGACGGGCAACUGCUUCGCGACCUCGCGACUGCCUCUUCGAGCAGAGCGACCCGCCGACCGCCGACACCGCGAAGGUCGAGCCGAUCGCCGAUUUCGUCGCGUCGCCGGAGGCGGAGCACGUCGUGUCGCCGGAGGAGGCGGUGGAGGAUCCAGAGGGUAACUUGUGGAAGGUCCCGGAGGUGGAGGAAAAACUGUACGGGGGAAGGUGGCAGGUCGUGUCGAGCGGAGGGUGGGCCCGGUCCGAGAAGAUCAUCGUCCUCGAAGGUCGGGCACUCGUUCGUUCUCUUAGGCGCGCACUUCGCGACUCGAAGUCUUUCGGUAAGCGUAUCCUCUUCCUUUGCGAUAACAUGGGGCUCGUGUGUGCUAUGGAGAAGGGCCGCCCCUCAGCCGGGGGAGUCCUCCGCGUCGCCCGGCAAUGGUCCGCCUGGUGCCUGGCGGGUGCGGUGCAGGCCUCGGUGCGCUGGAUUCCGUCUGAACGGAACGUCGCCGAUGCGCCGUCGCGCCGCCACAUCCCCCUCGGGGUUUGGCUCGACAACGGCGCGGCGGACUCUGCCGAGGGCAUCGAGCAGUGGGCCGUCCGGGACGCCGGGCGCAGCAGCCAGCAGGCCGACUGCCGCAGCGCCGGCCUCGAGCUCGCCGAGCUGGCCGUCCGCGAGCCUGCCGUCGGCCCUGGGUCGCUGCUGCAGCGGGCGUCGGUGACUCCGAAGACCGUGGCCCAGUACGACGGUCUGUGGCAGGACAUCCUCCGCAUGUGGCUGCGGUUGCGUCCGGUGGGCUCCCUGCAGGCGGAGCCGGGCGACGACGAGACAGACUUCGUGGUCGCCAGCUGGAUGGGCCAGGAGUGCUCGUUCGGGGAGCUGGCGCAGAGGGGCGCCAAGGGGCUAGCGGCGGUGAAGUACUUCCGGCCGCAGUUCGCAAGGUCGGGAGGGCUCUCCCUUCCGCGCUCGGCGCAGGCCUUGAAGGGCUGGAAGCGGCUCGCCCCUGGGCGGGCGCGGCUGCCGCUGCCCUGGGAGGUCGUCGCGCUGAUCGCGCUGGAGAUGCUGCUGACCGGCUUCUGGGCGAUGGCGGCUUGGACGAUCAUCACCUUCCACUGCUACCUGCGCCCCAGCGAGCUGCAGCGGGUUACCGCCGAGAUGCUCGUGCCGCCUGUGCCGGGGACCCACGUGGCGAACUGGGCGAUCGUGCUGCACCCGAGCGAGGAGGAGAUCAGCAGCAAGACAAGGGAGUUCGACGAGACCGUGGUGUUCGAUCUGCCGCUGUUCCACUUCCUCGUGCCCGUGCUCGCCUACCUCAAGAGGGAGACGCCGGCCAGGACCAAUAUCGCAGACCUGUGGUACAAGCAGGAGGUGUUUGAGCACCGUGCUUCUUUCCUAACAGCGGCUGGCGCUGGCGGCAUGAGCAAACACCUCCACCGCUACAGUGUACUGAACAGACAGCUGAACCUGAACCUGAGGGCCAUGUUG